UUUAAGAGGCUAAAUUAAGCUCACGAGUUCAGUCAGGAAGGUUGUGUGACCAGCGCAGUGUUUGCAUAUGGAGCUCAUAUUUCAUCUGGAUUCACGGCUUCGAUAUUUUGUGCUUGUGUGCUGUUUUUUCGCCAUGUGUGCUGGAGCAGGAGGGCUUCGUAGAAUAACGUGGAGCGGCUGCCGAAGAAUGGGAAAUUUAACAUCCUCUCGCAGGGGUCUGUCCAGCUCUGGUUGUGUACAGUAUGUUCAGGAGGUCGUGUCUCAGAACUGUGUGGUGAUAUUUUCGAAGAGCACCUGUCCUUAUUGUAAAAUGGCCAAGAAUGUGUUCAAUGAAAUUGGUGCGACGUACAAAGUGAUUGAGUUGGAUGAGCACAACGAUGGACGGAGGCUCCAGGAAGCCUUAGCUCAGAUGACUGGUGCCAGAACGGUUCCGAGAGUCUUUAUUAAUGGGAACUGUAUCGGCGGCGGCUCUGACACCAGACAACUCCACCAGCAUGGCAAACUGGUGCCUCUGAUCGAGCAGUGCGCGCCGUGCUGUGCUGCCACCAGCUUCGAAGGCUCCGCCAGCGGAUACUUUGAGUCCGCCAAAUGACUAUCUGUUCUUUUAAGUCUUUUUUUAGUUUCUGUAUUUAUUUGACUGUCUUUUUUAUGGUUCUUGUGCUCCACAUUGAACACAGCUGGAGCACAGCUGCUAUUUAUUUAUUAAGUAAAUUGAGAAGGCAGCAUUUUGGGCUGUGAUUUGUGCAGUUGUUUCUAAAGCUGCAGCUGAGAAAUGGAAAUAUUUUCCGUGUUUGUCCUCAGCAUGUCAGAGUGUCACAGUUUUAUCAAAGAUGACCAUCAUUACUAUUUGUACUCUGAAUUUUACAUAUGUGUAUUUACUAGAGGUUUUCAAUAUAUUAAUAGAGCUUUAA